CGAAGUUUCCGGGGUUGUGUAUGUUCCUGGAAACAUGGCGGUCAGCAUCCGCGGCCGUCCGAUCCGAAGUCUUCGGAUGCGAGGUCGGAAUGACAGUGGGGAAGAGAACGUACCGCUCGAUCUGACCAGAGAACCCUCUGACAACUUGCGUGAAAUUCUUCAAAAUGUUGCCAAGCCACACGGCGUCACCAACAUGCGGAAACUGGGCCACCUGAACAAUUUCAUAAAGCUGCUAAUCAGCAUUGGCCACUGCGAGGAGAAGUUUGGGUUUACAUAUGAAGAAAUCAUCAUCUGCCUGCGGUUAGCCCUGCUGAAUGAGGCCAAGGAGGUGCGUGCUGCAGGCCUGAGGGUUCUGAGGUACCUCAUCAGAGACAGCAACGUGUUGCAAAAGGUCCUCAGAUUGCAGGUGGACUACUUGAUUGCCAGGUGCAUUGACAUCCAGCAGAGCAAUGAGGGGGAGAGGACUCAGGCCCUCCGACUGGUCAGAAAGAUGAUCACAGUGAACGCUCUACUGUUCCCCAGUUCUGUCACCAACUCUCUGAUCGCCGUGGGAACAGACGGGCUGCAGGAGAGGGACCGCAUGGUGCGCGCUGCCAUUGCCAUCGUCUGCGAACUUGCGUUGAAGAACCCAGAGGUAGUGGCCAAUAGGGGGGGUCUCAGCACCAUAUUAAAGAGUGUGAUCGACUGUCAGCUGAGCCGCAUCAAUGAGGCUCUGAUCACCACCAUCCUCCACCUGCUCAACCAUCCACACACCAGGCAAUAUGUACGCAAUGAUGUGGAGCUGGAGCAAAUCCUAGCACCUUUCACAGACUUCCACUACCGUCACAAUGCAGACACAUCAGAGAUCCAGCUCAAGGAGGACCGCGAUGCUCGUUUCCUGUCCAGCAGGAUGGCUAUAGUAGCUGCCUUCCGCUCCUGGUCUGGGAUCAUUAACCUCUGUAGGGCCGGGAACUCUGGGAUCCAAUCCCUUAUUGGUCUGCUGUCUAUACCAAAUGUGGAAGUGAGGAAAGGUUUGAUGGAGGUAUUGUAUGAGAUAUUUAGGCUACCUCUCCCCAUCGUAACCCAGGACUUUACGGAAGCACUUCUCAGCGUGGACCCCAGUAGGUGCCAGGACAGCUGGAGACUGUCUGAUGGCUUUGUGGCUGCGGAGGCUAAAGUCCUCCUGCCUCAUCGAGCAAGGUCCAGGCCUGACCUGAUGGAUAACUACCUGGCUUUGGUACUGGCUGCCUUCAUCUCCAGUUGCCUGCUAGAGGGCCUGGUAGAAGUUGUGACCAGCAGUGAGGACCAGAUAUCAGUGAGAGCCACCAUCCUACUGGGAGAACUGCUACACAUGGCCAACACCAUCCUCCCUCACUCCCACAGUCACCACCUGCACUGUCUGCCCACCCUUAUCAACAUGGCUGCCUCUUUUGACAUCCCCAAGGAGAAACGCCUACGGGCGAGUGCGGCAGUCAACCACUUGAAGCGUUUCCAUGACAAGAAGAAACAAGGACCCAAACCCCAUAGUCUGUAUCUGGACCACAUUGUCCGCAAGUCUGUGUCUGCACACCACCGGAGAGAGACACACACACGCGUACACAGAGACAUCUAUGCUAUUAAGGACACGGAGGAAGCCCUGAUGUUGAACCUGAGAGACAGUCAGAUCCUUAACCACAAACAGAACCUUGACUGGAACUGGCUCCUCAUCGCAACUAUCCUCAAGUGGCCUAACGUUAACCUCAGGAACAACAAAGAUGAACAGAUGCACAAGUUUGUGCGGAGACUGCUGUACUUCUAUAAACCCAGCAGUAAGCUGUAUGCAGGGCUGGAGCUGGACCAUCCUAAAGCCAGACAGCUCACUGUGGUGGGAUGCCAGUUCAUCGAGUUCCUCAUAGAGUCUGAUGAGGAUGGCCAGGCGUACCUGGAGGAGCUGGUGAAGGACAUGGUGGCCUGGCUGUCCUUGUCCUCUGGUCUGAAGCCUGACCGCUGUCUCCAGAGCAACGGGCUGCUCACCACCCUCAGCCAGCACUACUUCUUGUUCCUGGGGACCCUCUCGGCCCACCCACACGGGGUUAAACUGCUGGAGAAGUGCGGCCUCUUUCAGAGUCUGCUGAACCUGUGCUCUGUGAAGAAUCAGGACGCUGUGUUGAAGCUGGCUGUGUCUACUCUGGACUACAGCACAGAUGGACUGGCCAGAGUCAUCCUCUCCAAGAUCCUCACUGCUGCCACUGAUACGUGCAGGCUGUAUGCCACCAAGCACCUGCGUGUGUUGCUGAGGGCAGGGGUGGAGUUCUUCAGUAACUGGGGCAUGGAGCUGCUGGUCACCCAGCUGCACGACCACAGCAAGGCGGUCUCCAUGGAAGCCCUGGACAUACUGGACGAGGCCUGCGAGGACAAGGCUAACCUCCAUGCUCUGAUCCAACUCAAACCGGCUCUGACCCACCUGGGAGACAAGGGCCUUCUGCUGCUCCUCAGGUUUCUGUCUAUUCCUAAGGGCUUCUCCUACCUCAAUGAGAGGGGCUAUGUCAGCAAACAGUUGGACAGAUGGCAAAAGGAGUACAACCUGAAGUAUGUAGAUCUGAUUGAGGAGCAGUUGAAUGAAGCGUUAACUACAUACCGGAAACCUGUGGACGGAGACAACUACGUCAGACGCAGCAACCAAAGGUUACAGAGACCAAAUGUUUAUCUUCCUGUGCACUUGUAUGGUCAGCUAGUCCAUGAUAAGACAGGCUGCCACCUACUAGAGACUCAGAGCGUGGUCCCUGACCUCAGCUACACGGUUCGCUCCCCGAUGCUGGACACCUGGGAGGGCAUCAAACAGCUGAAGGCAGCCCUCUGGGCUCUGGGUAACAUUGGGUCAUCAAACUGGGGUCUGAACCUGCUUCAGGAGGAGAACGUCAUCCCUGACAUCCUGGCCUUGGCACAACACUGUGAGGUCCUGUCCGUACGGGGAACGUGCGUGUACGUCGUUGGCGUGAUCUCCAAGACGCGGCAGGGCUGUGAAGUGUUGAAACAGUAUGGCUGGGACACAGUCAGACACAGUCGCCAGACACUGUGGCCCGUCACCCCAGACGAGGUGGACAAACCGAUGACCUCUGAACUUUCCUCCGUACCGAGCACGCUCAGUCUCAACUCCGAGUCCACCAGCUCCCGGCACAAUAGCGAGAGCGAGUCCCAACCCAACAUGUACAUCCUGGAUGAUGACAAGUCUGAGAUGUUGGACCAAUCAGACGACGCCUCCCUCUACCUGCGUUCCAAACCCAUGAAGGACCGCAGCCCCUUCACCAUCCUGGCCUCCACCCGUUUUGUACGCAACCGCUUUCUCAACUCCCUCUCGCUCCCCAGCAAGAAGUUGCGCUCCACCAGCGACCCCAAGUCAAUGGGGGGCAGCCGCACCCCCACCGAGCCCAAACUGGGAGGGCUGAGGAGGAACAGGACGGUAACGGAGCCCUCCAUCUACUCCUCGUCGCAAGGCGAUGUGUUUACGUCUGUGUUCAAUGUGAGAGGCAUGCCCAAGAGUCCCACAGUCAGCCUGGAAACCUCCUUUGUGGGGAUCAGGGACUCUGUGGGGGGGUCUGAGGAGCAGCUGGGAGAGGGGAGGCUAUCCCGGGCUGGUGGAGGGGGGUCUGGGCUGGGGGGUCCUGGAGAGCCCCCGUCCAGGGAGCAGAGUAGCCGGGAACGUCUAGCGGGAGGAGAUGGGGGAGGGACUCAGUUUAAAAGCCGCAGUCAGAGCUUCAACACAGACACCACCACAAGCGGCAUCAGCUCCAUGAGCUCCAGCCCCUCCCGCGAGACUGUGGGAAACCCUGAGCAUCCCGAGCCAGACUCGUCGGACUGUGUCAGCCUCAACACAGUGGUCUCGGCUAAGACGGUCAAAAUGCUGUACACCCUCGCCCCAACCCAGGCCCACACCAACCACCUGCCUCUCUCCAAGUCUAGCUCUGUCUCCCUGGUCCCCCCUGGCUCCUCACACACCCUCCCCCGCAGAGCCCAGAGCCUCAAGUCUCCCUCGGUGGCGGCCAUUAAGAGCCUUGCAGACUGCAGUUUCAUGUACACCAGCCCGCGGGAUGCACUAGGCUAUGCUACUCUGAAGAGGCUGCAGCAGCAGAGGAUCCACCCGUCUCUGUCUCAUAGUGAGUCGUUAGCGUCGCCCGCUAAAGACGUGCUCUUCACUGACACUAUCACUAUGAAGACCGGUAGUCUGGACUCGAGGCUAACGCCGCGCAGGUUUCUGAAGGCGUUGAGCUUUGCGUCUCUGGACAAGGAGGAUCUGCUGAGCCCCAUCAACCAGAUCACUCUGCAGCGUUGCUCGUCGGUGCGCUCCAUGGUGUCCAGCGCCGCCUACGGCUGUAACGACGACUACGUGGGCCUGGCGCUGCCCAUGGACAUCAACGACAUGUUCUACAUCCGAGAGACGCCCUAUUUCCAACAGAGGACUAGCCCGCCCGCCGGCGAGAAGUGUCCGUUCUACUUUGGAGACUCAGACGGUGAUGGUGAUCGUCCCUAUCCUCCUAUCCCACUGCUGAAGCAGCAGUUCAGUAUCUCAGAGCUGAUGGCCAGCAGAGAGAACAACCAGAACCAUAUCCUGGGUCCAGAGGAGACGGGUCUACAGGAACACACUGACGACAACUGUCUCUACUGCGUAGGAGCUACUGUACUGGGCUACCCCACACAGCCUCAGAUCAACAACGCACACACACGCACUGACUACAUAGACUUUCCGUGGUCGAGUCAGACCAGCCAUCGUCUGGAGGUGAUGCCUCAGUCCAAGUUCUCUGGCGUCUCCGGCUGCAGCGACGCUGCUGUGUCACAGGGAUCCGUCUGCAGCACACCUACUCCUGCUGACAUAGUGCUAGGUGGCAAGGCAAUAUCUGAAGACGGCCCGGCCUGUCGGGUCCUGCUGAGGAAGGAGGUGCUUCGCCUCGUCAUCAACCUCAGCUCUUCUGUAGGAACCAAGGGCCACGAGACAGGACUACUGACGAUAAAAGAGAAGUUUCCCUAUGCGUUUGAUGAUAUCUGUUUGUACUCUGAGGUGUCUCACCUGCUGGCCCACUGUAUGUUCCGCCUGCCCUCUCGACGCUUCAUACAGGAACUCUUUCAGGACGUACACUUCAUACCGAUGUACGAGGAAGCAGAAGCGAUCCUGUCGAAGCCACCAAAGCCCGUCGGAGUGGAUGUAGACCCUUCCACGAAGUUCUGACCUUCCUCGUCUCUGUCCUCCCCUCCCUAUUGAGACGCUGCUUUCCCUCCAACCCUCACAUAGAGAUACAGAGCGCAACAUAGUGAAAAAAGGGAGAUGGAGAGAAUAGGGGGGCAAGGAUAAAAGAGAAGAGGGGAGAAGUUUUGCUGAAGUUCAAGAUGGAGGGAGCAUGGGUGAGAGAAGGAAGGGAUCAUGGAUGUUAAAGAAUGAGUGUGAAAGGGUUGUCUCCCUCCGGUUGCUUGAGAAAGAGGAGACGGACUGUCUGAACAAAUGAAACCUGACAUGUCUAGUUUUGUUCCUGCCUAUGGCCAACAGGGGGAGCAGUUUUACCAAAUGCUGUUUUCAGAUGGAUGUACAAGCCUGACCAACAGACAUGACACAUCAACUACUUAACACAUCACACUUAACCUAAACAUAAGCUGGAUGAAAUAUGACUAAGUCUUGAAAAAUGUGAUCUUGCGCUGGUGUAUGCGGAUAUGAAAAAGGCAUGUUCAGUCCAUCCUAGUCAGUGCUGGACUCAUCCUCUUCUCCCUCAUAAUGGAAACACUACAGAAUGUUCUAGAAGCCUCCCUCAUAGUCAUACCCUCAGUCUGUUUCUGCUAUAGAUGGUUGUUCUGUGAUCUCAUAAGUUUAUUAUUUCCAACUCUGCUUAUGAUCAAAAGACUCAUUCUUGUUUAAACAACCAUUUUUCUAUUUGUCUAUAGACUGUCAGACAAUCAAACAUCAGUAGUGUUUUAAUUAACCAUCACACUCUUUUCCCAUCUGGACACAUGGAACAUAACUGCUGUGGCUUGCUGUCUGUCAUCCUUUCUGUAUUCCUCUAUCUCUGACCCUGGUUUGGAAGGACACUGCCUCCGACAGUGGCAACAGCCAGGUUCUCACCUUUUCAUUGGUUCUUUUUAUGGAGGUUGUCAGAAACCCUACCUCCGUGCUUCGCUCUCACUGCAUGUACAAACGGCAUGUCAAAACUGUAAUAUUAGAUCAUUGUCACUGUUUCUGAAAAGUGUUAAUUUAUUUCUUCCAAAUGCUUCUAAUAGUUUCAUUGUCUUAAAUCAUAAUAGGUUGCCAUCACUUGUUUGCAAACUGGGGAAAGUAAUUGUCCCUAAGUUGUUUUCACAAUGCAGAUAUUGCUGUCUAUCAUUAGCUGAGAUGAGAGGACAGGGUGACGUGAUCAUUUAUGGAUUGCUGUAAGGUUUCCAUGGGAACAGGUUUCUGUUUCUAUUGGUUAGUUUUGCUAUUAUGCUGCUACACAAGUGGACUCCUAGUGUGAUUUAUAGGUCUGCUGAGGGAUGUCAGAUCUAUUUAUUAUAUCUGUACCAUAGCAGAGUGACUGAGAUGAGAAGAGUUAUUUAUAUUUUUUUCCCUUGAGACUGUAUUAUAAUUUAAUGAAUUUUUUUUUUGUGUGUGUUUUUUGCUUGAAUCGUGGUUUCCCUUGUAUAAUGUGUACAGUGUGUUUUGGGGCAUUGCUGACCUAAAGAAGCAUACAAUCUUAUUAAAGGGAUACAUUGUUAAUAAAAAAAACAAAUCUUGAACUA